UCACUAGCAGGUGUUUGACAGAGAGGGUUACCUUCGAGUAGCUGACAGCCGUGUGUUCAUACAAGACUGAGCGCUGCCAUUACCCAGCAUGCUCUGCUUGUUGCCGUCUGGCGAAGGAGUGACUGUGUAGAAAAGAACCAGCUUGCUACAUUUGACAUCCAUCAACUUGUCGUUACUAUGCAUUUUUAUUGUAUGAAAUAAGAAGAAGAGGGAAAGAAAAUAUCUGGGGAAGGGCAAGUCUGUUGUUGUCGACAUACCAGCGAUGCCUCUCUUCACGACCAACCCAUUUGACCAAGAUGUUGAGAAAGCAACCAGUGAGAUGAACACAGCUGAGGACUGGGGCCUCAUCCUGGACAUAUGUGAUAAGAUAGGGCAGUCACGCACUGGGCCCAAAGAAUGCCUCCGCUCCAUAAUGCGAAGAGUGAACCACAAGGAUCCCCAUGUAGCCAUGCAGGCACUGACUCUUCUCGGUGCUUGUGUCUCAAACUGUGGAAAAAUAUUCCACUUGGAGGUGUGUUCCAGAGAGUUUGCCAGUGAAGUCAGCAAUGUUUUAAACAAGGGCCACCCCAAAGUGUGUGAGAAGCUGAAGGCCCUGAUGGUGGAAUGGGCAGAGGACUUCCGCAAUGAUCCACAACUCAGUCUGAUCUCAGCAAUGAUCAAGAAUCUACGUGAGCAGGGCGUCACUUUCCCAGCUGUAGGAUCCCAGGCUGCAGAGCAAGCAAAAGCAAGUCCAGCUUUAGUGGCAAAGGAUCCCUCCACCUCAACAAACAAAAAAGAGGAAGAAGACUUGGCCAAAGCUAUUGAGUUGUCGCUGAAGGAGCAACGUCAGCAACCACAGACCUCCUUGUCAAGCCUUUACCCAAACACCUCCACCCUACUCUCCUCACACAAGUCUGAUGGCAGAAAAGUCCGUGCCAUCUACGACUUCGAGGCUGCAGAAGACAAUGAGCUCACCUUUAAGUCAGGAGAAAUCAUCACUAUCCUGGAUGACAGUGACCCCAACUGGUGGAAAGGGGAAACAUACCAGGGAGUGGGGUUGUUCCCCUCCAACUUUGUCACUGCUGACCUCACUGCAGAGCCUGAGAUGAUGAAGACAGAGAAGAAGACAGUACAGUUCAGUGAGGACAUCCAGGUGGAGACUAUAGAGCCUGAACAGGAGCCUGUAUAUAUUGAUGAGGACAAAAUGGAUCAGCUACUGCAGAUGAUUCAAAGUGCGGAUCCAACAGACAACCAAUCAGACAGCGUUGAGUUACUACAGCUGGAAGGUGCCUGCAAUCAAAUGGGACCCCUCAUUGACCAGAAGUUGGAGGAUAUAGACAGGAAGCACUCGGAGCUGUCAGAGCUGAACGUGAAGGUGAUGGAAGCUCUGUCUUUGUAUGCCAAGCUGAUGAAUGAAGAUCCAGUCUAUGCCAUGUAUGCCAAGCUGCAGAGCCAACAGUACUACAUGCAGCAACCUGCCAAUGCAGCACAACAGGUCUACCCUGGCCAGCCUGCAUCAGGUUCAUAUGCCAUGAGCGGUACUGGGGUACAAGGUUAUACUGUUCCUAUGGAGCAGCUUCCAGCUGGAGCCCCCAUUCCUGGUCAGCCAGCUCCCAGUGACGUUCAUAUGUACAUGGGCCAGCCGCCAGUCUACACUGCAGCUCCAGGCACUAUGGCCCCAGCAGAUGUUCAGUCCUACCAGAACCCAGCCAGCGCCCCUGGUGCCGCACCGUGCACAACUCCUGCAGGCAUGACGCAGACGGCAAACUACAGCACCCCUUCCGGCUCGAGCAUAGCACCUUCCUCAGACGUCCCACAGGCCCCUUACUCAGAGAAGGCCUUGCUAUAGGCCCCCCCACAGCUCACUGUUAUCCUCACACGUACACGCACACAUGCACACAAAUGAAUCAGACCUGAUCAAAUAGUUUUAUAUUUUAUCAUUUGUUUUCAUCAUGGAACACCAGAUGGAGAAGAAAAAAUGCAGAUCAAGUUGACUAACACUGACAUGUGUCACACUUUGUGUUUAAUUUGACAGAUACACAGGUAAAUAUAUAGUUACACUUGUCACUCCAGCUUUAGAAGUGAUCACUAGGCUUUGAAUUGAAGAGCUAACUCUAAGCCAGACAUGGUGUAAAAAGAGACACUGUGUCUUUUUUAUUUUAGGAAUGUAUUUGAUUAGCUAUGUUAUUGGAUCUUCACUUUUUCUUUAAGUGUUUAACUGCUGGGGAUGUGAAGACAUCUGUUGGUUGCACUUAGUCAAGUUUCGGCCUACAUUCAGAUCUGAUCACUUCCAAGUCUAGAUCUGACAGCAAUACAUGCAUUAUCCAUUUUUAUGUACGAGACCUAACAUUUAAUGCCAUUGCAAAUCUGUGGUGACACUUUAUUUUAUGGAUCCAUAGGUUUAGUUCAUCAGAAACUUACAGGAAGGAACUACAUAAUUUGGUACUAAACAAAAUUGUGUUAGUUAGCCUUUACUUUGUAUAAGCAUAAGAAGGUUGUCUUUAAACCAAAGUAAAUAUUCAUUGGUCAUCUAAUAUUAGAUUUUAUAUUCAUCACAUUUUAAAAUAUAUACUUGUUUGUAGACAUAUUUGCAUAAAUCCAAUAGUUCUUACCUGGUAACUUCCUAAAAAAUCUUUUAACAAAUGUCAGGUCUCUUCCAAAAAAAUAAAAUCAAUGCAUUGCCAAAUUGCUUUGAGUAAACAAGUGUAACUGUAGCACUUUAAUCCCAAACACAAAAUACAUAUGCAAUUACUAUUUGAUCAAGUGUGAAAUACAUAAAGGCAUUCCUUCACACACUACCCUUGGUAUGCACACUGGAGCGACACACACAGCACACACUACAGACAGAUGUACAGCGGUGGGUGGAUUCACUCACAAACACAGCUGCACUACUUGGUUCACACAUCCUCAGUAGAGCGUCAUCAUUUACCUACAUUCAGACACUAACAGUUAAAUCCACAGUAUGCCACAGCCUUCUCACAACUUAAAACAACUGCAGUGCUAAUAGUGUCACAAAAAAGGGGCGUUGACUUACAUUUAUCACUCUCUCUCUCUUUUUUCUUUUUUUUCUUUUUUUAAAAAAAGGACUUUGAGCUAAAACCAUUAGGCUACUACUCCAUUCUGUAUAUGUCGUCAACUUUUAGAAGUACUGAAAACUGAAGCCACUUUCUUUUAUGGAGGGAAAAGAAACAAGAGGAAUUGAAGCAUGCACAUGACUCUUGUAAAUACUGUAAUGAACUAGUUGUGAAGCCAGAUGAUGACCUCAUGGGUGGGCUGCAUGUUAGCACAGCUCCGGGUGAGUCUCUCAGCCUUAAAGGUGAACUCUGCAGUCAGGUUACUCCAGGUGAAUUUAAGGUGUAAAAGCCAAAGAGAACAAAGUGUAAAAAUGCUCACAUGCCCCAAAACAACAUGUUUUUUUUUUUGUUUUGUUUUCAAUAUGAUUGACUCCUGACUUCAUUCUGCAGAGUUUUCCUUUUGGAACCAAGCUAGUUUUGCUUCCUUUUUGCUGGAUGCCGGCUUGGCUCAGUCUCCAUCAGGGGCUGUGCUAACGUACUGCUACCACAGACUUGGAUACUAAGGGGACAACGCUCUCUGAACCCCAGUGUCUUUCAAGCAUCUCUUUAGUCAGUGUUGAAAAAAAUGAAUACUAUGUUUUUUGUAGUGCAUUUUAAUUUAUGUUUUGAUUAUUGUUAUGAUAUUUUAAAUUGAGAACCAGUGCAGGAUGUACGUAUUCAGAGAACAGAGCGGAGUAUGUGGAUAUUCUGCCUAACUUAGUUGUAUAUUUAAAUCGCUCACUUGAGAACAUGGACAUUUUUCUCUGUGUUUGAUACAUGCUUAUUGUACUGUAGGGUCAAAUGGUAAUGUGAAAACUAAUUGAACCACCCCCUGUGCAUUUUAAACUUGUUUUUUUGUUUUGUUUUCUUCAGAGCUGUGUUAACACUAAAACAACUUCUACCUGAAGCGGAGCUGAAGUAUGGUUUUUAGUAUUCUGGACAACUUUAGUCAGGAUUUGUAAGCAGCUCUUUACCAAAGGCUCCCUAAGCUCAUCACUUAGCGACACAUGAGGCAUUCAAGCUCAAGUAUGGUAGGUACUCCUUAUACUCUACCAUACUGAUCAUAUUCUUAAUUCUCAGAAUUUGCUACAUGUUCAGAGUCUUUGGGAAAGAGUUAAUGUUUACAAAACUGACUGGAUUACAAAAAGCUAACGAAACAGGAAAAUUAUUUAUCUGUUGUAUUUAAUAAUGAAUGAUGCUACAUGAAGGAAUUAUGAAGUUUUGAAAUCGAUUUUCUGAUUGCAGGGCAAAUCGAUGUGCUAUUCUGACAAAUUUGUGUCAUUUAAAUUUCUCUCGAGAUAUUGUGUUUCAAAUGUGCUACUCCUCACCACCCCUGUGUGCCAGUCUGAAAUGAUAAACUACCCACAGCCUAAGUCUAGCACCUGUGACUUUAAAUCCUCCAGAACUUUAAUUAAGCAUUAACAUAGCUAAUUCGAAAAUGAAGAAAUUAAAAUAAAUAAAUAAAUAAAUGUUUUGCUACCUUUAACUAAAAGCAAGAUUGAAAUAACAUGAAUCUGUUUGUUCAAAGAGGGUUGAAAAUAUCAAAGUAGCAGCUAUUCUGGGACCAUGGAACCAGGAGCCAGUUUAUCGUCACACACCAUAUCUAAAUGUAACAUCCUGUUGCACCCACAGCAUUGGAUUGCAGCCCUGAUGUAACUUUUUUUUGUACAGGAUUGAGAUGCUGCCUGUUUUUAAGUUUCGAACAAACAUUAUUGUAAAGGUUCUGUCUUAACUUGUACCCUGCUGUUUGUAUGUAUUCUUUUAACCAUACUUAUUAAUUGGUAUUCACAAUAAAACCAGGCCAAAUGUACAGAAUAA